AUGGCCGCGUCGGGAAUCGUAGUGUUUGCGUUGGGAAUAUUCUUCUUGGUUGAAGAUGAGAGGUCCAGUCUUUUUAAGCUGUUUGUGGUGGAGAAGUAUAACUACGCUCUGUUGCAAAUGCUCGCCUGGUCUUUCAUUGUCAUCGGUUCCGCCAUCGGUCUCAUCGGCUUCUGUGGCUGUUGCGGCGCUUUUAGAGAGAAUCGUUGGAUACUUAUUAUUUAUUCGCUGUUUCUUUUGGUGAUCUUUGCGUUGGAACUGACGGUCGGAGUAAUGGCCGUAAUAUUUCAGGAGAAAGUGGUGGCAGAACUCAAACUAGAAUUAACUAAUAAAUUACAAAUCGAUUACGGACUCCACAGCCAUCGAUUUGGCCCAAACCAAGGCAUCUAUUUGGCACUUUUUGAUUGCUGUGGUAUCGAUGGGCCGAAAGAUUACGAAAAGUCUGUUUGGAAGUUCCAGAAAAUGAAUGGCCAGAACUCGAAUGUGAGCCGAACCUGUUGUCUACUACAGAAUAAACUAGAAAAACAGGCCCACAAUAAUCCCCGACCACUCAAUGAAACACUCUGUCAGUCCGCAGACAAUGUCGAGAAUAGACUCUACAGACAUCAAAACGGAUGUCUUGAAAAACUGGAGCGCUUUAUCAGAGCCGAGGCUAUGGUUUUCGUGGUAAUGGGUUGCGGACUAUCAGGAGUUGUGUUAAUAGGAAUGAUUAUAUCGAUAUGUUUGUGUCGAGCCAUUCAUCACAGCAAUAAUAACGAAUAA